UUUGUGGCAAAUUUGUCCGACUUUUCAGCUCAAAAAGGAUUCUCUGAGUCACCUCAAGGAUUUUUGAUUGCCUGAACUGUUGCUGAAAGGGCAUCGUCAUUAAAUAUUAAGAAAGGGGACAUUGCAACAUUGCAAGCCUCCUUAUCAAUGCAAAUUCCUCUUUUGUGUGCAGUCACAGCGCCUGUCUGGGAGCUGAGAUGAAUUUUUAAUUAUGUGUGACCGAAACAAACUGUGACAAGGACCUUUAUAAGAGCGGAGGAUUACAGAAAAUAAGCUGCAUUUACGCGAAUGCCUGGAGGACAGUGAUUGUGGUGGUGCAUCAAGUCAUGAACUCCCAGGAUCUCCCUGCCAAAGAUGCCCCACUUACUGUCAAUGAGCAGCCAUUCACUGUCUGACUGCAGAAGUCUUUUUACAGCCAUUUAAAUCCUGCACUUUGAAAUUCCCUCUGCCAAAGACAACCAGGUCAUUGUGAUGUCCGGCCAUGAGACUAUUCGUGUGCUUGAGGUUGAAGUUGAUGCGACUCAGCCGCCAUCGCUACCUGAUGUAAAGACUGAAUGCAAAGCUGAGGAGGUAGUGGCUCGGCCUGCAGAGCGACCUGAAGUCAGCAGCCCACAGGAAAGCUCUGCUGCACCCCAGAGCACCGGGGGAGCAGUGCUGGGUGAGCAGCAGGUGGUGUCUGUAGAGGCUCCGUCCCCUGCUGUCCAAACGCUGACUCCUGCCGUCCCUGUCAGUGUGUCCCUGCCACAGCCACAGGCUGCCAUGCCCAUCGCUGUACAAGGAUGUCCACAGGUGCUGACCCAGGAAAGCCUGGCCACUCUGAUGACCGGUAUGAUGGCUCAGACCGGAUCUCUGGGGCAGCCUUUGCUCAUCCCCUUCAGUAUGGGGGGCUCUAUCGGUGGCCAGGGUGGGCUGGCUGUUCUCACCUUACCGACCACUAAUGUAGCCACUCUGCCGGGACUGGCUGCAGCUAACCCGGCUGGAAACCUGCUCAAACUGCCCUUUGCUGGCCUCCAAGCUGCUACAGUCCUGAACUCGGUCCAGCCCCAGCUGCACACAAAUACACAGACCAUGUUCCAGCAUCAAGCUGCGUCCAUUCAGCCAGUGCAGGCAGCUGUUCAGCAGGUGACGACUCAGCCAACACAAGUGACCAAUGCACAGGUCACUGCUGCUCAGGUGGCAGCAGCCCAGCCGACCUCAGCCUCCACGACUGUCUCUCAGUCCAACAUAUCUGUCGCAGCACUCCAGACUGCAGGACUAUCCAUCAAUCCUGCCAUUAUUAACGCCGCCUCUCUUGGAGCUCAGCCCCAGUUCCUCAGCUCCCUCACCUCCACUCCCAUCCUGACCAGUGCCAUGUCCAACAUGGCCGGCAUCACCAGCCAGAUCAUCACAAAUGCACAGGGACAGGUCAUAGGAACCCUGCCUCUGCUAGUGAACCCAGCAUCUCUGGCUGGAGGGGCUGCAACGUCAACCCUGCCCCUCCAGGGACUCCAGGGUCUUCAAGGUCUCCAGGUCCAGACAGUCACCCCACAGCUGCUUCUGAACACCCAGGGUCAGAUCAUCGCCACGGUGGGGAAUGGAGCUGCAGCUGUCGCAACUUCUGCUGCAGUUCUGCCUAAAGCUGCUGCUCCUACAACACUCACAAAGCCUAGCACACAGGCUUCUGCAACGACCGUCACCCAGUCACCAGUCGUUAUCGCUCCACAGCCGUCUGUACUGAAGACGGCCACCACGCUCUCCUCCACAGUACCCAUCACCUGUGGAGACCUAGCGAAAGUGGGCCAGCUUGUGAGCAAACCCCAGCAGGUCGUGAGCAGCGAGGAAGGCAUUAAUCUGGAGGAAAUUCGAGAGUUUGCCAAGAAUUUCAAGAUCCGUCGGCUGUCUUUGGGGCUUACGCAGACACAAGUAGGUCAGGCUCUGACUGCUACUGAGGGUCCGGCCUACAGCCAGUCUGCUAUUUGCAGGUUUGAAAAGCUGGAUAUCACCCCGAAGAGCGCUCAGAAGCUGAAACCUGUGUUGGAAAAGUGGCUUGCUGAAGCUGAGCACUGGAACCAGAAAGGCCAGCAGAACCUGAUGGAGUUUGUCGGCGGUGAACCGUCCAAAAAACGAAAACGGCGUACUAGCUUCACACCACAGGCCAUAGAAGUUCUGAACUCGUACUUUGAGAAGAACGCCUUGCCCACAGGCCAAGAGAUUACAGAAAUUGCGAGAGAGCUGAACUACGACCGGGAGGUGGUGCGAGUUUGGUUUUGCAACCGGCGACAGACACUAAAAAACACAAGCAAGAUCAACGUCUUCCAGGUUCAGCAGUGACCUCGUUCUGACCACUUUGGGGAGUUGAACUUUUGAAUCAACAGCACAGAUUGCUAGUGUGUUGUAAAUAAAACUGUAACCACAAGAAGAUUAACUUUUUAAGCAAAUGAAAGAAAACAAGCAUAUUUAUGUGGUAUGAAAGAGAACUAGAAAUAAGUUGUAUUUUAAGGAUGUAUAUGUGUACAAAACUCACUUGUGAUUGGUACUCAACAAACCUGCAUGGUCCUCUAAUCAAAUAGCAUACUCUUUAAAAACAUUUGACUUUUAUACGACUGGUUUUAUAGGAUUUCCCUCUGAAAUGAGUGGUAGGUCACUGAGUCACAUUGAUUUUUGUCACAUAAUUGUCCUUUUGGAACAAUGACUGACAUUUUGAUGAUGUUUGAAUACCAUGUUUUGCCAGUGUGGAUGUUUUUUAGUUGCUCCUUUAUUUCAUACUCAUGUAAUGUUUUUACUGCCAUUGCAGCUGUUCUUACACGUGUACGAGUCUGACUGGUAGAGUUAUUUCUGAACUACAUAGCCCAUAACAUUAUUUUCAUGCGAAUCAUUGGCUCAAGGAACAUCAGAAUUAUUUUGCUAACUAUGGACUGACUGCAACACUUUUAGGGACAAUCAUCAUUUGAUAAAUCUUCAGAAGAAUCACAAAGAUUAGCUUGUUUGGCCUUUACAGCCAUGGGAGAUGUUGGUAGUGUUGGGUGUCCAGAGAAGGAUGUUCCAUGGUCAGCAGAUUCAAAGUGAAGUUCUUGUCUACAGCACAGGAACAGUCAACUUAUUUCAGUGAUUUUAUAACAUUAUUUCCAUUUGUAAGAUACUGAUCUUGCAAAAACAUGUACUGUACGUUAGACUGAAACAUGAUAAUGUGCUUAUCAUACUCCGAGAGUAUUUUGUGUCCUUUUUUUGUGUUGUGACUGUUCCCUGAACAGCUUGACAAUGCUGCUGCAUUUACCAUCGUAACCAAGGUCAUGUCAAACUGUAUUUUGUUGCCUAUAAUCAUUCAACUUGUGUGUUUUUUUUUUUUUUUAAUCAAGCAUCAUAUUGGUCAAAUUAAUUUACUGAUUUUUUAAAGCAGAGCUUAAUGUGCAGCCAAAAGGGGUUUUGAUUUGUAUUGCUGUGUUAUGAUUACAUGUGAGGAUUUUCAGUCUGAAUGAGGUUUACUUGCAUGUGCAGUAAAUAGUUAAUUUCUGCAAGGACAAUACAGCAACUGUUUUCUUUAUCUUUGCUACUUCCAAGACUUUCUUGCACUUUACAGCCGAGACGGAAAGGGGAAGUGAAUGGUCAGUGUUUUGUGGAUUGUUUGUGCGUGAGGAGUUAAUUCCUGUAUUUUAAUGAUCUCUAACUCCCUAAGCAGCUUUGCAAUCAGAAACGGAACUGGCAACAUUGCACCCAUCAUUCAUAACAAAGUAGUCUAAGCAGAUGAAACCCAUGUCACUGCUAAUUAGGUCUCUUAUUUACACUGACAACAGUCUUUAACUGUUUAAAUCAAAGGGUGCAUAUUAUGGUUCAUUUAAUAGCUGCCUUUUUUAACAACAGUAGAUCUGAGUUGCAGUGGACAUGGGUAAACCUUACAUUAGAAAUAAUAACUUGUGGAAAGACAAUUUAUCAUAUAGUUUAAUAUAAUAAGUUAGCAAUAGAGAAAUUAUGACCUACAUAAGAUAAGAUAUGUCAGCAAAGUACAUUAUAUGUUCUGUUUCUUGCCAGAGGAGAGAAAGGAAAAGUUGGGUGCUGUUUGCCAUUUUUUUGCCAGAUAAGUAAA